UUUCCCCCCAAAAACAUGUUGCGAUACCGCGACAUCAGUGACAUUGACAUAGGGAAACAGCAAUACCACCACAACGACGACAAAACGUUGACCUGCCCACUGUCAUUGCUGUCAAAAUCAUCUGUAAACUUAACAAGAACACUUGCGAUGUCGGCCAACAAAAAGAACGAAGAGGGUCUGGAACACAUCCGCAAUGCGGAAAAACACCUGAAGACGUCCCUGCUGAAAUGGCGACCCGAUUACGAUUCCGCCGCAGACGAAUAUAACAAAGCAGCUACCUGUUUUCGUAACGCUAAGAACUUUGCGCAGUGCAAGGAGUGUCUGUUGAAGUCUGUCGAUUGCUAUAAACAGAACAGAGCAUUGUUUUCGGCUGCCAAAGCUCUAGAUCAGGCGGUUCUAAUAUGCAAGGAACUGGGGGAUCUGCAGGAUGUUGCGUCAUUGGCGGAAAGAGCGGCAAACAUGUAUCAGAACCACGGUAGCAGUGACACAGCUGCAGCCUCUCUGGAUAAAGCGGCGAAAAUAUUGGAAGCGCAACAUCCAGAGCAAGCUCUGAAGUUGUUCCAGCAUGCCUCGGAGGUGGCGAUGAUCCAGGACAGUUCCAGACAGGCGGCAGAAUAUAUAAGCAAAGUAGCCCGACUCCACGUCAAACUACAACAGUACGAUCUAGCCGCCGACGCCAUCAGACGCGAACUAGGUCUUCACCAACAGAACGAGUCUUUCCAAGCGACAGGUCGCUUAGCCGUAGCCUUGGUCCUUGUCCAGUUAGCCAGAGGAGACGUAGUGGCUGCAGAGAAGGCAUUUAAAGAAUGGGGAAAUUACUGUGAAGCCCCUGAGGUACAAACCCUGGAAAUGCUUCUACAAGCAUACGACGAAGAAGAUCCAGAAUCGGCGAAGAGAGCCCUGAAUAAUCCAUUCAUUAAACACAUGGACGUAGAAUACGCGAUUUUAGCAAGAGAUAUGCCUCUACCUGAAGGCAUAUCGGUACCACCUAAAGCAACAGUCAGAGAGAACGCAGCGCCCUCUUACGUGUCGCCGAACUCCCAGACAACGGCGACUGUGCAGGACCGUCCUGAGGAGAAAGGCGAAAGCCAGAAAAGCGAACCGAAAGAGGGCAGUGACGACGAAUUCGAAGGUGGACUGUGUUAAACGAUGUGUUUUGUUGUACCAUUUUUCUGAUUGAGUUCUAGUAUAGUGAAAAGUUGUGUUGAUACUAUUUAACAUUCCAUCAAAGUUCAAAGUUUUAGCUUCGUUUGCCGCCGAGAUAUUAAAAAAGUUAAGCGAUUUUGCAUUGAUGACUGAUCUGAUGUUUUUAAGGUAGGCUUUUUAGCUUGUUAUCACUAAAGAAUAUAUUUUUGUUGGUUAUCCUUGAAUAAGUACAUUUCAAUCUAGUCGUUCACAGUGAUAAAAAGGAUGAUUUUUUGUGAAAAAUGUGAUUGAACUCAUUGACAACUCGUAUGUUUUGUUUAACAGAGUUUUGUAUGGAAUAUGUAUGUUAACAUUCAACAAACGCUCAUGAUGCGGGUAUUGUCAACAGCUUGUAGAUAAUAGGUUUUAUUUGUAUCAUUUAAAGACCCACUUCAAAGUAAUAAAUGUACUUAUUGUAACUUUCCUGUACCUAUUUGUUGUAAAUACAUACAAGCAAAAAUGAG